AUGAAGCUUUAUAGCCUAGGAGUUCUUGUGGCCCUCGUCCUCGGCUGUGAGCAGCAUGUCUUCGCGUUUCAGAGUGGCCAGGUUUUAUCUGCUUCUCCUAGAACUUCUAGGCAAGCUCAAAUUCUGCAGAAUCUUACUACAACAUAUGAGAUUGUUCUCUGGAAGCCAGUAACAGCUGAAAUUAUUGCGAAGGGAAAAGAAGUCCAUUUUUUUGUGAAUGAAUCUGAUGUAAGCAAUGUGAAAGACCAUUUAACUGCGGGAAGAAUUCCUUUCAGUGUCUUGGUGGAAGACGUGGAAGAUGUUAUUCAACAGCAGACGUACAAUGACACGGUCAGCCCCAGGGCCUCAUCAUCAUACUAUGAACAGUAUCACUCACUAAAUGAAAUCUAUUCUUGGAUAGAAGUUGUAACUGAGCGGUAUCCUGAUAUGCUUAAAAAAAUCCACAUUGGAUCCUCGUAUGAGAAACGCCCACUUUAUGUAUUAAAGGUUUCUGGAAAAGAACAAACAGCCAAAAAUGCCAUGUGGAUUGACUGUGGGAUGCAUGCCAGAGAAUGGAUCUCUCCUGCUUUCUGCUUGUGGUUCAUAGGCUCUGUAACUAAAUACUAUGGGGAAAGGACUUACACAAGACUUCUGAGUCACAUGGAUUUCUAUGUUAUGCCAGUGGUUAAUGUGGAUGGUUAUGACUUCACAUGGAAAAAGAAUCGAAUGUGGAGAAAGAACCGCUCCUUCCAUGAGAACAAUCGUUGCGUGGGAACAGACCUAAAUAGAAACUUUGCUUCCAAACACUGGUGUGAGGAAGGUGCUUCAAGUUUCUCAUGCUCAGAAACCUACUGUGGACUUUAUCCUGAGUCAGAACCAGAAGUGAAGGCAGUGGCUGAUUUCUUGAGAAGAAAUCUCAAACAUGUUAAGGCUUACAUCAGCAUGCAUUCCUACUCCCAGCAGAUACUGUUUCCAUACUCUUAUAACAGAAGCAGAAGCAAAGACCAUGAGGAACUGUCUCUGGUGGCCAGUGAAGCAGUUCGUGCAAUAGAAAGAGCUAGUAAAAAUAUCAAGUAUUCACAUGGCAGUGGCUCAGAAACUUUAUACCUAGCUCCUGGAGGUGCGGAUGACUGGAUCUAUGAUUUGGGUAUCAAAUAUUCGUUUACAAUCGAACUUCGAGAUAAAGGCAAACAUGGAUUCUUGCUGCCACAGCGUUACAUCGAACCCACUUGUAGAGAAGCUCUUGCCGCUGUCUUUAAAAUAGCUUGGCAUAUCAUCAGAAACGUCUAA